UGAAACCGUGCAACUAAAAUCGGUGGUGUUACGAAGAGCAUGGACGAUGGGAGGAUCGACAGGCCUAAGAGAGUUACUGACAACUAAUGACGAAUAGAAAAUGGCUAGUCAGCAAGCAGAAACGGACUUGCAAGGUCAGUUAUUCGACAGUUAUCACGAGGUUUAUACGUGCUGAAGUGCAAAAUGGACAGCAGUGGAGUUGUGGGGCCGACGACGGGUUUAGUAAAGCCAGCUUCAUCACUCACUCGUCCGUCUUAACAAUCCCGCCGCAGUGGGGGUGGUGUGUACAUCUGCGUGUUUUGUGAGAACCAAGAUGUCUGACAACAGUUCUGACUCAACAGUGGCUAGCAAUUUGGUGACAUCCUGGAAGAAGGACAAAGUGUGCCUGGUAUGUGGUGACAAAGCUUUGGGGUACAACUUUAAUGCAGUCUCCUGCGAGUCCUGUAAGGCUUUCUUCAGAAGGAAUGCCCACAAGACGAUUAGAGGCAGAUGUCAAGGUCACUGUGAAGUCACUGUAGAAUCAAGGUCAUUCUGCAAGCGCUGUCGUCAACAAAAAUGUUUUGCUGUUGGAAUGCGCAAGGACAUGAUUUUAAAUGCUGAGCAGAAGAGAACACGCAAACAAAAAAUCAUCCAGAAUCGGAGGCGGCGGAAUGGUGAGUUUGUGGAUGAUAGUGCCUUAGAGGAGGAUGAGGGUCAGUCCACUGGGCAGCCCACUGACCCUGGCCUUAGUGGGGAGUCCAGCCCCUCAAGCUCCUCCACAGAACCACCAGCCAAGGUAGCCAUUGUUAGAUUGAUGACCCAAACCAAUUCUGAUAUCGUAAGAGUUUCUCAGGAGGCCAUGGCUAAACUAGAACCCAAACACCAAACUCUGAUGGAAGAGCUGGAGAGAGCCCAUGAGCUGGCUCUGCAAAUCCCAGUGAAAACUGCACAGAAACCUAACCCAUCUUCGGCGACUCAGUUCUUCAAUCUUGCUGAAGGCUCCGUGUUGAGAAUGGUGAAAUUAGCCAAGGGUAUCACAGCAUUCACUUGUUUGUCUAAAGAUGACCAGAUCGCCUUGCUGAAAGGGGCUGUCACGGAGAUCAUGAUGAUCAGAUCAGCCAUGUACUUUGACACCCGAAAUAAUAACUGGAAUGUGACGACCAACCCCUCAACCAGUGCUCUGGACAAUAGCACUAGUCAAUCACCCACCACCUCAGGGGCAGCAGCUACUCGCUUUCUGGAUAGUGGAUCGUUGAAUGAGUUUGGAGAAGACACGAAAAACAUGCUGAAAGAGUACAAAAAGUUUGUAUCCUCUUUGCUGACACUAUGCCAAGGAGAUGUGAGCAUUCUCAAGCUGAUUACAGCGUUAGCACUCUUUGCUAGCGACCGUCCUGGACUGCUGCAGCGGGAAAGUGUUCAAAAGACUCAAGAGAUGUAUGCAGACUUACUUGAAUCUUACAUAAAGGUGCGAUUUCCAGAGGACCACACGUUAUUCCCUCAUUUAGUUUUGAAACUGACAGAUAUAAGGAACAUUAAUGAAAUCCAUUCCAAAAUGCUGGCCAAAAUGAAUUUAGUGGAGGUUGAGCCACUUCUGACAGAGGUGUUUGGUUUAGGUCAUGAUUAGUACCUUUAGGCUGCAGGAAUGACCUCAUACAGUGUUUCAUUGUUUAAGGCUUCCUCAUCCUCAAGUAUCAUCCUCAUCCUCAAGUAUCCCCAUGCUAUUUUGCAUGCUUCAGUGUCCCUGUGCCAUCGGCGCACCUCAUCCUUCAUUGUCCCCAUGCAGUUAGCAUUUCUCAUCCUCCAUUGUCCUCAUCUAAUCAGCAUUCCUCAUCCUCCAGUAUCCUCAUCCAAUUAGAAUUUCUCAUCCUCCGGUGUUCUCAUGCCAUCAGCAUUCCGCAAGCUUCAUUAUCCCCUUGCCAUCUGCAUUACUCCUCUUUGGGUUUCCCUAUGCCAUCAACAUUCCACAUCUUCAGUGCCCCCAUGCCUUCAGCAUCCCUCAUCCUUCAGUGUCCUCAUGCCAUCAGCUUUCCUCAUCCUGCAGUGCCCCUAUCUCAUCAACAUUCUGUAUGCUCCUGUAUGCCCCAUGCCAUCAGCAUCCCUCAUCCUUCAGUGUCUCCGUGCCAUCAGCAUGCAUCAUUUUUCAGUGUCCCUAUACCAUCAGCAUUCUGCAUGUUUCAAUGUCCCCAUGCCAUCAGCAUUCAGCAUGCUUCAGUGUCUCCAUGCCUUCAGCAUGCAUCAUCCUUCAGUGUCCCUAUACCAUCAGCAUUCAGCAUGUUUCAGUGUCCCCAUGCCAUCAGCAUUCAGCAUGCUUCAGUGUCUCCAUGCCUUCAGCAUUCGGCAUGUUUCAAUGUCCCCAUGCCAUCAGCAUCCCUCAUCCUUCAGUGUCUCCAUGCCUUCAGCAUGCAUCAUCCUUCAGUGUACCUAUACCAUCAGCAUUCAGCAUGUUUCAAUGUCCCCAUGCCAUCAGCAUUCUGCAUGUUUCAAUG